AUGCCUCCAAACGCUAACAGGUUGUACAAAGUGCAAUAUUUUCUCGAUUACUUUUCCAAAAAAUUUGAAGAGAACUUUUUUCCAAGACAGAAUAUAUCCAUCGAUGAGGGCAUGAUACCGUGGCGCAGACGACUCAAUUUCAAAGUAUACAAUCCAAGUAAAAUAACUAAAUACGAUUUACUUGUCAGAAUGGUAUGUGCUUCUGUUACUGGUUACAUAUUGGGCUUCAAAUUAUAUUCCGGUACGGGACAAAAAAUAGAGAAAACUGUAAUGGAUUUGUUAAAAAACUACUUCAAUAAGUGGCAUCACGUAUAUAUGGACAAUUUAUACAAUAGUGUAAAUUUGGUAAAAAUAUUAGUUUUGUAUAAAAUCAGACUAUGCGGAAUAAUUAGGGUACAUCGGGGUUUACCAGAAUUCUUUAAUAAAGCUAAAUUAAAAGUGAUGGAAACCAUAUUUGCUCGUCAGGGUAAUAUAUUGCUGCAGCUAUAUAAAACUAAUAAAAAAAGGGACAUUGGAAUGAUAUCAACUAUUCAUAUAAUGCAGAUAUUUUUGAUACCGGGAAAGAGAAUAAAAAUGGUGAUGCAAUCUUUAAACCAAAAUGCAUUAUAGACUACAACCGGUAUAUAAAAGGGGUCGAC